UAAUACGUUUCCAAUAAAUUCCUGAUCAACUAAAUUGGUCAUUUUAAAGCAGAAAGUCAUUAAAUGCUGCAGUGAGAAUCAUCUCUUGAUGGUUGCUUGCAUUGAUGUAGGGACGCUAAGACCCAGCAGUGUUUCCUCUCUCACACUGAGGUCUCCAGUCAUCAUCAGUUUUAAGUUCUCCAUCAGAGACGGCAGCAGAGGGACAGGACGCGGACGUUCAGGUAGAUCAGUGGCACACGUACACACACUUCAAGAAGAAGAAAAAAAAGGCAAAGCAAAAUCACAUUCUGAAAGUACAUCAGGAAGAACAUUGGCCAUGGAUUCUGUGUUGUUGUAUUUGCGCAACUUUUUGGUGUUUUGUUACUUAUUUUUGCAGUAACCUUUUUUUUCUUUGGACUUGCAUGAUUUUUUAAGUCAGUUCCAUAAAAAAAGAAUGACUCAAAAAUUAAUUGACUGAUCAUUUCCGUUUUGAAGAGGUAAGAGAUUCAAGACCUUGGAGGUACAACGCAAGCAUGCUUUGUUGUAAAAGAGUUUUGCGCUGAUAUGAGAGGAAAAUAUAGAAAGCACCGGUCCGUGUGCCUUUUCUACCUGCUAUGGAGAACUUCAGCCCGCCUGCCACCAAUUAUGACUUGGAACCCAAUGUUUCCACCAAUGCGUCAGAUGCGUCCAAAAGCGCCGCAAAAGAGGCGAGUGUGGCUUUCCAGGCGACUGCAGGCUCGGUGCUGGGUGCCAUUACGCUCGCCACGACUCUCUCCAACGCGUUCGUGAUCGCCACCAUCUCCCGCUCGAGGAAGCUGCACACGCCGGCCAACUUCCUAAUCGCGUCCCUGGCGCUCACCGACCUGCUCGUGUCCGUGUUGGUGAUGCCCGUGAGCGCGCUCUACACGGUGAGCCGGACGUGGACGCUGGGUCAAGUCGUGUGCGACAUCUGGCUGUCAUCGGACAUCACCUGUUGCACAGCGUCCAUACUUCACCUGUGCGUCAUCGCUUUGGACCGCUACUGGGCCAUCACGGACGCGGUGGAGUACGCGAAAAGGCGCACGACAAGCCGCGCGGCUGCCAUGGUGGCCACCGCUUGGGUGAUCGCCAUCUCCAUCAGCCUGCCUCCGUUCUUCUGGCGCCAGGUGAAAGUCGGAGAGAUGACGAGCUGCGAGGUGAACAAGGACCACAUCUUUUACACCAUCUACUCCACCUUCGGCGCGUUCUACAUCCCGACGCUUUUACUCAUCGCUCUAUACGGCAGGAUCUACGUGGAGGCGAGGCGAAGGAUCUUAAGACAGUCGCCCAAAAAGUUUGGGAAGAGACUCACCUCGGCGCAGUUAGUCUCCAACUCACCGGGAUCGACGUCUGUGACAUCGGCGAGGCAGGACGACGUGGGCUCGGCGAUCAGCGACAGCCAGGUGAAAAUCACCGUUUCCGACUCGCUUUUGGAGAAAAAGCGCAUUUCUGCGGCCAGGGAAAGAAAAGCCACGAAAACCCUGGGCAUCAUUUUAGGAGCGUAUAUAGUUUGCUGGCUACCGUUUUUCAUCUACACCCUGCUGGUGCCCUUGUGCCCUUCAUGCCAUGCGUACCCAGAGUUAUUCGACUUCUUUACGUGGCUCGGCUACCUCAACUCCCUCAUCAAUCCCAUCAUAUACACCAUGGCCAACGAUGACUUUAAAAAGGCUUUCCAAAAGCUCGUAAGCUUUCGAUGUUGCGUGUCCUGUUGUAAAAAGAGACAUUUGGGCUAAAAAAAAAGAACCUCUAAUAGAGAUCAGCAUUCACAAAGACAGAGUCAUUAUGUCCAAUCAUCCUGCGCCAAAACAGUACCCGACAAAGCAUGCAGCAGUAUUGUGUGUGUCAGUGUUACAUUGUGGUUGGUUAUUUUGCAUUAAAAUAUAUCAAUUCAUGCUAAAUACCUAUUAUAUCAUUGCUGUUAAGCAACGGCAAACAUUUGAAAUGAAAUAAAUCACUGAAAGCUGAAUCAUUGGUGCAGCUAUAA